UGCUGUGCCAGGAGAGGGCGGACCCGAGCGCUCUGUGUGUACGUGUGUGUGUGUGUGUGUGUGUGUGUGUGUGUGUGUGUCUGUGUGUGCGUUUGUGUGCAUUCCUGUCCAGCAGCCAGUCGCAUCUAGCGAGGCUCUCCGUGUGAUGAACAUCUCGGUACUUGAGGACCUUGUCGUUUUUGGAGGAAAAGGAACAGACACAGCAGGCUUUGUUUUGUUGUUUAACGCUGGACUGUGAUCACUGGAGUUACCCCUGGGAUUUUAUGCACUGUCUUUUUCUUUCUUGAUCCAUCGGUGCUGAGUAAUGGAACGGAUGGAGGCCAGAAGAACCCCCAUGAAGCCCAGUCCCCAGGUGACAACAUGAAGGAGACCGCUCCCCAGAGAGCCAGCGGAGUCCUCCUCAUCAGACCUUGCACCAUGAGUCUCAAUCUGCUUUAGAGCCCAACCUGGACAGGAGCCCUCCGUUCUGUUCCUCUCUCUCCCGGCCUCUCCUUUCCUCUGCCCUUCCCUUUCUCAACACAUUCCCUCAAGCCUCCGUUGGCCCCAACCCGCCUGGGCCCUCUGCUCCUGUGAAUGGCCUUAAGACUGUUAACGACAAAGACUGUUCUCCCCCCCGUCCCACUGAAUAAAUACCUAUUUUUUUUUAAAUAAAUUACACUAAGUGUGUAUAUAAAUAUAUAUAUAUAUAUCUCUGUGGACAUACUUUUGGAUAUAUCUUUGGAUAGUAACUUCACAAACGGGAUCUAAUUUGACCCGACUUCAGUGACCAGAGUUCCAUGCUAACAGACCUAGUGGGAAUACGCUCUGCUCCGCCAUCCCUCGCCACAACAUGGACGUCCUGGCGUUUUGUCUGAGGCUGCAGACCGUCCUGGGCGCCUUGCUCGGCGCGGCCUCGGGCCUGGAGUUCCUGGGCACCUCGGGCCAGUGGGCGCGCUACCUCCGCUGGGACGCCAGCACGCGCGGCGACCUCAGCCUGCGCUUCAAGACCGGCGCCUCGGAGGCGCUGCUGCUCUACUUCGACGACGGCGGCUACUGCGACUACCUGCAGCUGGCGGUGGCGGAGGGACGGCUGCGGCUGCGCUUCAGCAUCGACUGCGCCGAGACGGCGGUGGUGUCGGACCGGCGCGUGGACGACGGCCGCUGGCACCUGGCCGCGCUGAGCCGGCUCAACCUGCGCACGGCGCUGGUGCUGGACGGCCAGGCCAAGGCGGACGAGGUGCGGCCCCAGCGGCAGUAUAUGAAGAUCGUCAGCGACCUGUUCCUGGGAGGCGUGCCCCAGGACAUCCGCCCCGAGGCCCUCACGCUGCCCACCGUCCGCGACGCCGCGCCCUUCCGCGGGGCGGUCGCCGACCUGAAGUACGGCAGCUCGGAGCCCGUGCUGCUGGGCAGCCUGCGGGUGGCGCUGGAGUCGGAGGGCCGCUGCACGGUGAACCGCUGUGAGAACGGGGGCAGCUGCCUGGUGGUGGACCGGGAGCCCUACUGCGACUGCUCCAAGACCGAGUACAAGGGCCGCUUCUGCAACGAAGGGGUCAACAACAAAAUGCCAGGCCUCGCGCAUAUGAUAGCCGAACAAGCGGAGUGCCUUCACUCCGAGGACGCGGCGGUGUCAGCGAUGCAAUUUCAUCUGUCAUUUAUUCUUCCCCAUCUAGACUGUAUCAGGAUAAACUGUAACUCCAGCAAAGGACCAGAGACUCUGUAUGCCGGGCAAAAACUCAAUGAUAAUGAGUGGCACACAGUCCGGGUGGUCCGCAGAGGGAAACUCUACAAGCUUACGGUUGACGAUGAUGUAGCAGAAGGGCAGAUGGCGGGCGACCACACCCGCCUGGAGUUCCACAACAUCGAGACGGGCAUCAUGACCGAGCGACGCUUCGUCUCCAGCAUCCCCUCCAGCUUCAUCGGCCACCUGCAGAGCCUCAGGUUCAACGGUAUGUUCUACAUCGACCUGUGUAAGAACGGCGACAUCGACUACUGCGAGCUCAACGCCCGCUUCGGCGUGCGCUCCAUCAUCGCCGACCCCGUGACCUUCAAGAGCAAGAGCAGCUACCUGAGCCUGGCCACGCUGCAGGCCUACACCUCCAUGCACCUCUUCUUCCAGUUCAAGACCACCGCCCCCGACGGCUUCAUCCUCUUCAACUCGGGCGACGGCAACGACUUCAUCGCCGUGGAGCUGGUGAAAGGGUACAUCCACUACGUGUUUGACCUGGGGAACGGGCCCAACCUCAUCAAGGGCAAGAGCGACAUGGCCCUUAACGACAACCAAUGGCACAACGUGGUCAUCACCCGGGACAACAGCAACACCCACACGCUGAAGGUCGACGCCACGGCAACCAGCCAGAGCAUCAAUGGCGCCAAGAACCUCGACCUGAAAGGAGACCUGUUCAUCGCGGGCCUGGGCCCCGGGAUGUACAGCAGCCUGCCCAAGCUGGUGGCGUCGCGGGAGGGCUUCCAGGGAUGCCUGGCCUCCGUGGACCUGAACGGCCGGCUGCCCGACCUGCUGAGCGACGCGCUGUUCCGCAGCGGGCAGAUCGAGCGCGGCUGCGAAGGUACGCCCUCCCUCCGCGCCGUGUCCGACUCCGACCCCGACUUCGGCUUCUACAAGCUGAACCUCGGCGCCAACGGCAGCGCGGGGGGGCCCUUCUUCCUGCUCAACGCUAACAGCAGCGCGGCGGCGGCGCUGGGCCCAGGGCCCGGCCGGGGCCACGGCACCAGGCUGCUCGUCGCCGCACUGCUGGCGGCGCUCGAUGUAUUUCACUGCGGUGCAGGUCCCAGCACCACCUGCCAGGAGGACUCCUGUGCCAACAUGGGCAUCUGCAUCCAGCAGUGGGAGAACUACACCUGUGACUGCUCCAUGACCUCCUACACCGGAACGCAGUGCAACGACCCUGGGACGACGUACAUCUUCGGGAAGGGCGGCGGGCUCAUCACCUUCAGGUGGCCGGCCAACGAGAGGCCGAGCACCCGCUCUGACCGGCUCACCGUGGGCUUCAGCACCUCGCUGAAGGAGGGCAUCCUGGUGCGCAUCGACAGCGCGCCCGGACUGGGGGACUACCUCAUGCUGCACAUACAACAAGGAAAGAUCGGGGUGACUUUCAACAUCGGUACGGUGGACAUCGUCGUCCAGGAGACGAGCACACCUGUGAACGAUGGGAAGUACCACGUGGUGCGCUUCAUCAGGAACGGAGGCAACGCCACGCUGCAGGUGGACAACUGGUCCAUUAACGAACACUUCCCAACAGGGAACAGUGACAUUGAACGCUAUCAAAUGGCCAAUAAGAAAAUUCCUUUCAAAUACGCCAGACCAGUAGAAGAGUGGCUACAAGAAAAAGGGCGGCAGCUGACCAUCUUCAACACCCAGGCCAGCGUGGCCCUCGGGGGCAGCGACCGCGCCCGGCCCUUCCAGGGCCAGCUCUCCGGCCUCUACUACAACGGCCUCAAGGUGCUCAACCUGGCGGCCGAGGGCAACGCCAACGUCAAGAUCAACGGCAGCGUGCGCCUGGUGGGCGACGGCCCUGGCCCCGGGGGCCCCGGGGGCCCCGGCCGCUCCACCGCCACGCCCCCGGAGAUGUCCACCACCUUCAUCGAGACCACCACCACCAUGUCCACCACCACCACCCGCAAACAGCGCUCGUCCCCCACGGUGCAGCACUCCACGGACGAGAUCGUGUCCUCCGCAGAGUGCUCCAGCGACGACGAGGACCUGGAGGAGUGUGAGACCGGCCAUGCAGAUAAGACCUUUUCCUCACCGGCCUUUGAAGGUGGCUACAAAACUCUCCCGCCCGGGUGGGACACGCAGACUGUUAGAGCUAACCUCAAGCCCCCCCGCCCCGGCGGCGCUGGCCCCGCCCCCGGCGGCGCUGGCCCCGCCCCCACCGCCGCCACGCCGCCCCCCCCCGACCAGAGCCGCACCGCCGCCGCCUCCACCCUCCGCACCCCCGAGCGGCCCGCGGGCAAAAUGAAUCACCGGCCGCUUAAGCCCCGGCCCGGCCCGGGCCCGCCCCCCCCGCCCUCUGAGCGAGACGCCGCCCGGGGCCCUCUAAUAACCUCCCCCGUGUUCCGUAAUGUACCCACAGCGCUCCCCACCGGUCCUGGCGUCAGGCGCGUCCCGGGCUCGGCGGAGGUCCUCCGCGAGGCCAGCAGCACCACCGGGAUGGUCGUCGGGAUAGUGGCGGCCGCCGCCCUGUGCAUCCUCAUCCUGCUGUACGCCAUGUACAAGUACAGGAACAGGGACGAGGGCUCCUACCAGGUGGACGAGAGCCGCAACUACAUCACCAACUCGGCCGUGCAGAGCAACGGGGCCCUGCUGAAGGACAAGCAGCCGGGCUCCAAGGGCGGCAGCAAGAAGCAGCAGCAGAACAAGGACAAGGAGUACUACGUGUGAGUGAGACGCUAGGGCAGCACGCCGAGAGAGAGAGAGCGAGAGAGCGAGAGCGAGCGUGGGCCUGCUCUCGAGCAGAACCAGAGCGAGAGAGUGAGAGAGAGAGAGAGAGAGAGAGAGAGAGAGAGAUUGAUUAAGAGAGAUUAAGGAGGAAUGGUGAGAACAUUUAACUCUCGGCGUUCCUGUUUCAGGGAGCUGUUGACACAUGACGAUGGUAUGAUCACGGACCUUGGAUCUCUGUGCCAAGAGGACAACUGCUGACAUGUACUGUAAUAUAAAGCACACUUACUAUUGUAAGCAUACAGCAAAACGGCUAACUAGCAACUUUAGUGACCUUACUCUUCAAUCCAGUUCAGAGACGUUAUCAGUGUAGUAACAAUUAGCAGCUACAUCAUUCUCCUAAGUGACUUUUAGAGCUAUGUGAUCCUCGGUUAAAUAACAAAAAAAAUAGAUUUUUUUGUAUACGUGUUGAUGAUGAAUAAGCUUAUCUUAUCUUGACCGAUUUCAGCAUGUAAGCAACAUGUCGUGCUUAACAAGAGGGGGGUCAAGACACGAGAUCAUUGUAAAAGACAACACACGGGAAAAAAAAGGACUCUUUCCAUUUCAGAAUAUGACAAAUUUGUAUUGUUUAUACAUUAUACAAGUGUGGUGUCUUAUUUAUUUCCUUUUUUGCUGUAAGCAAAAAAAAAGAAGAAAAUUACUGUGUAUCAAAUCAAGUGAGCAAAUUAUAAGGGCAGAUCUCGUAGGAUCUUUUAGCUCUGUGGCAUCUGAUUUAACAACUAUUACUCUCACUGUCUCACUGGCGCCGCGACGCGUUGGGACACACAGUUUGCUUGUGGCAAGAAGUGGUUGGUUAAUCUUGUCCUGGUUUAUAAAAAAUAAAAAUAAGCAACUGAUUGUAAAAUGCAUGCCAUCCUGAUACUACUGGAACGGUACAGUACAGUGCAGUACAGUACAGUGAAAAGUACAUUUCACAAUGUUUUCAACGAAAGACUUUCCUCCAGGCCAAAACGGUUUUCAUCAUCAGACACACAAUCCUUUAUUUAUUUUUUUAAGCAGCUCUUUUGAUCCUCAUUUCCCUGAAAUGUCCCCUACAGGAAAAAAUAAGUGUAUAUAUAUAUAUAUAAUAUAUAUAUAUAUAUA